AUGUCUUUCAUGCCGCGCAACGGCCUGGCCACCGGCCGGGACGAGGGUCCAGCCCAGCCCAAGAUGCUGCCGCCUACGCUCACGGCCUUUACCUCUCGGCUCGCCGGUCGGCCCUCGUCGCCGGCCAAGUCCAAGGCCAGCAGCGGUGGCUGCACCUACAUCGGCAGCAGUGCCAUCAGCUUCGACAGCGACGAGGACGACGACGAGUGGGAAGACGACUGCGGCCAGCUGCGGCUCCCAGACGCCCGCAACCCCAAGCAGCACAACGACGACGAGCACGACGGCAAGAUCGUGUUCAAGCGCAUUGCCGUGCCCAGACCGAUACCCCAGACCUCGCUGCUGUCCCAGAUGCUUCGCCAGCAGCAGGCCUCUGGCAUGGCUCUUGCCAGCAGCAGUAGCAGCAGCAGCAGCAGCAAUACAAACAUAAACAACAACACCACCACCAUUACUUCCUCGGCUGCUUCUGCCUCUACUAUCAUGACCGACGCCCAGUUUCCCAUUGACUUUCCCAACCCGCUGCGCUGUCAUCCCACUUCGAGCCAGUCUCCCAGUCCGGCCGAGUCAGACAUGCCCCAGCUGUCAUCCUCUCCUUCGGCUUCUUCUUCGUCUUCUGCCUCCUCCUCUUCCGCCUCUUCUCUCGCCUCUUCUCCAUCUUCCCCUCCUCUCGUGCACAUCCCCCAGGUCGCAGGCGGCUUGCUCUUCGUGCACCGCUCGCCGCGCGCCAUCGUCGACAGCACUGGCCCCUUCACGUCGAUGCCGUUUAACGGCGCCUGUGGCCCGCGUGCCGAUCCCACCGUUGUCGUGGGCGCGCCGCCGCGUCGCGAUAUCUGCUGCAACGGCCGGCUUUUGCGCGGUGAGCUCAGCAGCACGCUGCACUCGAGCAUCCUGGACGAGAACAACUCGCGCUACAUCUUCCGUCAGUACGGCAGCCGUCGGUGUGUGGGUGGUCCGGGAGAAGACCAGGUCGAGAGCCGUCCGUUUCCGCCGGUCCGCCGCACCCAGUCCGCCCCCGAUGUACUUGCCGUUGCCCGCGACGCCUGUCGGCUCGUGGAAGAGGCAGCCAGGGCUGAGAAGACGGGAAAGGCAGAAAUCACGGACAAGACAGAAAAGACGGCCACCGACACGGUCGUCUGUCGUGGCGUGCGUGACUACCGCUCGGUCCAGUUCCGCAAGAUCGAGUACGUCGACGACUACGUGGCGCCGCGCAGCUGGAACUGGGGCAUGGAUUACCACUCCAAGGGCUGGUAG